CUUCGCCCUAUUUAAAUAUACUCGUUAUCUGUGGAUCAUCUAUCAUUUUUUAUCGAGAACUCAAAUUAUGGAACACUGAUUUAACUUUUUUCAGAAAAAAAAUUAUUAACCAAAUGAGCUAUAUAUUGGCGUUGCUUUGGUUAUGUAGACGUUGUGUCAUGUGUGAAUAUGUUGUUAUAGUCACGUAUUGCAUUGAGUUAACGAUAAUGAACAGGAUCACAUGCAUGGAUGUAAACCAAGAAAACUACUAUAUAUAGAGAAGUUCAACUUAUUACUAUUGCCUGUGGAUUUGUCAUAAACCAACCUAACUCAAAAUCAUUAAUUUCCAGUGGGCAUGCAUGAUGCAUAACCUUGUCUUCUUUCCAUUUAUGGACCCAUCCUUAUAAUCAUAAUUAAUAGACAUUACUUUAUAAGGAUAACGAUUGAUCUAUCUCAAACGGGUCAAUGUCAUCAUCUUGUUUUAUAUAUACAUCUAGACUCUGUCUCUCACCAUGUGAAUAUCUGAAUGAAAUAAAGCUUUUGUUUGUUAACUAUCAGAAAACAUGUAACAGAAAUGAUGGUGUGGUUUCUAUGCACAAUUUCUUAACAAUUUAUAACAAGUCGUACCAUUCUAAGAUUUAUUUUUAAAUAUUCGAACUGAUUCAAAUCUACUACUUACCCGAAACUAAAAAUAUUUUUAUAGAUAUUUAAAUAUGUGAUCUGAUACGAUUGGGUAUUUGUCAUGGACUGUCGGUUUACACAUCGCAUGAAGCUCCAAGCAUGCUGGUGGCCAAGAAAAAACCUCUUGUGAGUGUUUGUGAUGGGAAAAUAUACGUAGUAGGAAGAAGCACAUAUCGCGAUUUCUCAAACUUUUUCGAAUCUUUCGAUCCUGAAACCAAGAUGUGGGAGCAUGUGCCAAGCCCUAGCGCAGAGAUAUACGGAACAUAUACAGACGAAUUUUGUGCCUUCAAAGGGAAUCUUUAUCUCUUGUUUAGGGGCAACGUUUGUUUUGGUUUACAAUCCCAAAGAAAAUAAAUGGGAUGUGUUAGUAGCAGUAGGAUUCGAUAGGCUUUUGCCGUGUGAUCAUAAUUCUUGCAUGAUAGAUAACUUAUUAUAUUGGUAUAUUGGUGGAUCGCUUAGAAAUUGAAUGGUACGAUUAUGUGGGAAGAUCUUGGAGAUCUUUGAAGGGUAUUAUGGAAAAAUUAUCUACAUUACCAAAGCCUAAAUAUGGUUCUCUAAGAUUGGACAAUUGUGGCGGAAAGAUUGUACUUUUAUGGGAGCAAAAUGUGCUUCUAUUUGUUGUUCUACCAAGGAGAAGAGGAUAUUGUGUGCUGAAAUUGCGCUUGAAAAACGUAAUAUACAAGAGAUUUGUGGGAAGGUUAAGUGGUGUGACGUUGUCUUACGGUCCCUGUCAUGUAGCCUAGAACAACUUUUUGUUGUUACUAUUUGACGAGUCCACACAGUAGCAGCCCUGGACGGAAGCAUUAGAAGCAUCAGCUUCCCGCCGUUAAUAAUACUAGUGGUUUUCUGGCGCUACGCGCCGGUUUAUAUAAUAAAAAUUAUUAUUUAGGUAUAUUAUAUGAUAACUAAAUAUUUGACUGCUAAUAUAUAAUUGAAUUGAAUUUUAUAAAUUUAAUAUAAAUAUUGAUGUGACAUUAACAUAAUAUUUACCAAAAAUAUCAUAAACUUUUUUGUUCUAUUGAUUUUCAAUUUUGAAUUUUUUGAAAAAAAGAUAACUAAAAUUUGAAUAUCUUUCUGUGCUUUACAUGGUUUAGUAGUUUUCUUUAAUAUUUGUUUUUAUGCUUUUAUUGUUAUAUGUUUUUUUGGUUUUAAAGUUUUUAUGUGGCCCUUUAACAUUUAUUUAAUUUUGGGUGCACCUUAUGUUCUCCUUCAAACGUAAACGUAUACUUGUAGGCUUUCAAUUUUUUUUGUUUUGCACUCUUUUAUCAGAUUAUUUUUCUAAAAAGGUUGCCUAGAACGCUCAAAGAGAUUUUAUAAAACAACACCAACCCAAAUUUUCCAAAACAAUAACAGAAACAUUGCCAUCAUUGCAAAUUUGCAGACAAUAAGGACAUCCAUUUAGAAGAUGUACUCAACGUUCUAGUAAAUAAAACCAUGUUGUGUCAUGUUUGAUAUCCCUUCAUUGAAUUCAAGCAAUGCCGUUAUGUUUUAUAAAGGAAGUUGUCCCAUUGCAUAUAUGAAACAUGGAUAGUACCAAAAUCCUUGAUAAAAUUGUCCUCCCAAAGAUAUAGUGUUUUUGCAGGAAGCCAACAACUCGUCCAUCUCACUAACGCAUAAAAUUUAUGGGAAUAAGUAAAUCUGGCAGAAAAAUUAAUGAAUUAAAUUUUAACAUCAAAAGUCACUAACAAAAGUUCCAAUAUUUUCCAAAAACACCAAUCCCACUAUAUAAUAGGAACUAAAUUUAGAGCUUAUUAGGGGUGCCACCUAGGCAAAAUAUUCCCAUCCAAUCGUUUUGCCACGUCACACAGGCAACCCAGUUCAAUAAAUCGAAAAUUCAUCCCAGCCCUUUAACCGGUUACGUCCGCGAAACUCAUGUCUGUGUCGCUUUGCAAAUGGGCCAGAUUUUAAAACAAAUUCCCAGCCCAUCCCAUAACCCGUUCUCGCCAUUUAUUAAACGAAGGCUUAAAGUAAAUGCAGCCCAGCCCGUUAACGGCUUAUUUUACGAAAUUGAUGUAUCCGUCCCUUUGCAGUUGGGCCAAAGCUAUUUAAAAAUAUGCCAGCCCAUCCCAUAACCCGUUCGAUCUGUUUGAUUAAAACGACGGCUUAAGCUUUCUGAUACUCCGUAACCCUAAACGCUGUCUCUCCCAUUUCUCUUUCACGCAUGGCGAUUCUCUUCCUCUCCCACUAAUCUCCCCGCAAAACGCCUCCGAUGAAAGGGGUUGAACUUCAAUGCUCUCCCUUAAAGCCUCCAUUCAAGAUCCCCACAGACCUUCUACAUCCCCCCUCCGUCUUAUAUCUACCUUCCUAUUUAUACCCUUAUCUCUCUUACCUCAGCUCAUCCUUUACAAUCUCCUACCUCAGAUCGAAAGCUGUAUACCCUAAUCAUGUCGAAAGAGAUCGCUAUCCGCACCGGCGAAUCUUCCCCUCCUCUCCUCUUCCGACAAGUUUCUCCCGGACCCAGCGAUUCCACCCUGCAGUUUCGGCUUCUCCAUUUCUGGAAUGCUCGCAAGAACGUCAAAGGAGGACCAGAGAUCCUUCUUGGGGUCGAGAUGCUGAUGAUCGAUGGGGAGGGUACUGUGGCUCAGGGGUUCAUCGGUCUGAACCGUCGCAACCAAUACGAGAAAGAGCUCAAGCGUGGGAUGAUCUACACACUGACCAACUACUAUGCAUCGAACAGCAAGGUGAUGUACCAUGUUGCUGACCAGAGGCUGGUAAUUUGCAUCUCACACAACUCUGAGCUGAGGAAGAUGGAGGAAGACAAUGAAGCCAUUUUGACAGAGCGCUUCAGACUCCACGCCUUUGCAGAUUUUGAAGCCAACUGUGAUCUCAGAGGAGAUCUUCACGAUGUUGUCGGCCACCUUAAGCUGGUUGAUGGGCAUCCUCUUCAUCAGCGGCCGGUUUUGUGCAGCAAGGAUGACUCAGCUUCUCGGAAAGUGACGGUUCAUUUGCAACUUAAAGAUGGUCCAGUGAUUAACGUGUACCUAUGGGACGAGGCUGCGGAGAAUUUCCGCGUCAAAUUUGACGCAAGUGCAGAAACUCCAACGGUUCUGUUGGUUACAACUGUCAAUCCGAAGAGACUCGGUGGGAAAUUAUGCCUAAGCUCAAUGUCUUCAUCAAGAGUGUUUUUUGAUGAAGAGGUUGACCCCACCAAGGAAUACUUGGCCUGGUUGACCACAAACCCUGGUGCAACUUCUUCAGUCAAUCCUGUUGAGGUGGUUAAAGCUGAAACACUCACAAUAAGUGAGAUUGCUGCCUUCAUCAAGCGUGAGCCUGCUAAGGUUGCCUACUUUGACUGCAUUGCCACAAUUGAUGAUGUCAAGCAUGGCACUGAGUGGUAUUACAUUGCUUGCAAAGAUUGCCAGACGAAGCUAAACCGCGGGCCGACGACACUGCUCUGUCCAAAAUGCGGCAAUGAAAAUGCAACUGCAGUAGCCAACUACCGGGUGGAGAUGUCUGUCUACGAUAAUGAGGAGCAGUGCACGUUCAUCAUUCUCGGAGAUGCUGGGAAAGAGCUCACUGGCAGAAAAGCAACAGAGCUGAUCGACACCUAUGCUGCGGAAAAUGGGGGAGAUGGGGCUGAGCUUGAGGUUCCACUGCCACAGUGUUUUAUCGAUGCAAUAGGACAGACUAAGAAAUUCAGGAUCAAGGUGUCGCCCUACAAUUUCACAUCCACACGCCUAUCCUUGACUGCAACCAAAAUUGUCUCACCAGCAGUUUUGCCCCCAAAGAACCCUCCACUCAACACAGCAGCAGGAACUGAAGUGGAAAUCUCAGAUGUAGCUACAAGCAGUGGUGGUGGUACUUCAGCCAUUGACGAUGAGAAGAAUGCAAAGCGUACCAAGCGUAGUGGCUAGAUCGGAUGAAGUAAAGUCACUCCAUGAAUGGCUGGUACAGACUGCCCAGUCAUCAUGCUACUCUAAUAACAGUCUUUUUAUUUCUCUUUUCUCAGUUUUGAAUUUUCUUCUCGCUAAGACAGUUUGUUAUUGGAAAAACCAUAUGGUUUGGUUUUCUUAUUAAAGUUGUUUGGUUUUCAUUA